GAUCGGUAUACUACUGUGCCUUGCCAUUUUAAUAGACACUACAGCGGCCGUACCGAACAACCAUUAUUACAUGUAAUACGCGGAUCGAACACUUAUCGAAAGGAGGAUGGUUUUGGUAACUGCAGGGAUGAGGCGUGGGUUCUCGGUUCUAUUCAAUCCUCGGUAUAAAGCUUUCCAACUGGAGUUCGGGGAACAGGCUUUGGCCAGGUCACUGGACCCCCUCACAUCCGCGUCGUGGAAGCACCAUGGAUCCCGACCACAACCUCCCUCCCAUUUCUACUGGACAGUCCUCCCAGUCUCAGCGACAGCCUUCUCAACCCCAAGUCCAAGAGACCUCGCCGUUCGUGGAACCCGAACAUGUUGACAAAGGAGAUAGUCCGCAGAGUCAGUCAGAGUCGGUGACCGAAAAGCCCCUCCUCGGCACUUCAGAGGAAUAUACACCAAUCCGUGGUCGAUAUCCAGAAUUUCCAGUUGAGCCUUCUCGACCUCCUCCGGUUGCAAGAAAUAGCCAGAGGGACGAACGCAUCACGCGUGGAACAUCGCGUCGUUCACUUGUUCGUCCCAAUUCAUCAGGCAUAGGCUGGAUAGUGCCCGAAGUUGAGGAUAAACCUCAUCGGCAUACAAUCGGAUACCGACUCGCUCCAACUAUUGCUAAUGCGAAGAUUGAAAGGGAUCGAUACGCCGCAAAAGCGCGAGCCACGGGCCUCGCAUUGAACAUCGCGAUAGGCAUGCAAGUACUGCUUGGUGCACUCACCACUGGUAUAUCGGCAUCUUUAUCGGGUAAACAGAUUUCGAUCGGCAUAUCUAUUCUUGGCGGCUUGACGACAUUGGUCGCUUCCUAUCUCGCUCGCACACGGGGAUCAAACGAACCAGAACUAUCCAUAACUCGCGUUAAGGACCUAGAUCAUUUCUUGAGAGACUGUUCAGCUUUCGAUAUGGACAAGGGGCACGAGUAUGGUACACCUGAGCUAGAUGCUCAGUUAGACCAUCUCAGAAAAAGAUUCGAAGAACUUCUUGGAAACGCUGAUGGGCAGCGAAAACUAUCCCCGCCAGCCUGAAUAUAGUUGUUAUGACGCACAUUCUACGACAUCCAUCCGUUUUGUCACGACACCACUCUUUGAGUGAUCAUCACUUCAAUUCAGCGGUUCUCUCACGAUACAUACUACGUUCUUCCAAAUACGAUAUCAUUGUAAGUUACCACUUGUUUGAUCAUGCACGAACUAUUCUUGGACACGAUUUCUUAAAAGUUCGAAUAAGAUACUGGACCACUGCCUUUGUGAGGUAAACGCCGCGUGAAUAUCUGGUUUGUCGCGGAGCGAACCACAAACGGUGUUGGAGCCACCACCUUUCCUAAUUGAUGCACGUGUUAUCGUCUGCUUAACAUCAUGUGCGUGGGGAGUGACGCCUUAUUUUUAUCUCAUC